GGAGCGGGCAUAUCGCGAAUAAUAAGUCAAAUUGUUAAAAUUAGCUCAAAUUGAAUAUUGUAUUUGAUAGAUAUAACUCAUUAUAAUAAUAAUAAUUAAAAUGUCAGAUCAGCGUAAGGAGAGACCAAACGACGUUCGGUUAAAUGAAGACGAGCCGCGCAGGAAUAAGGCGUGUGGUCGGCAUUCCUUAAUGCAAGGAUUGUCACCUGAAAGUCGAUCUUCACGUUUGCUUCCGCCGAUUGUUAUUCCGAGCGAAUUUAAUAGUCAACGAGAAACUUGUACAUCAUCAAAGUCUGCUACGUUGGAAUGUAAGCAGUGGUCGCGUUACCACAGAGGGAAGUCUGCAAAGAACGUUUCUGUUGUAAAUAGUGCCGAUAUCAAGAUGGAUAAAAAAUCAAAGAGACUAGCGAAACAUUCUACUAAGGACAUUGAAGUUGACAUAAUAGAUUAUCUUGACCGAAACCGUGAUUUCUUGGAGGCAUACAUCACUGACAGCGUUCCUAUAAAUCAGGUGGAACGGUGGUUAGUAAAAAAAAUGACCAGAGAUAUAGAAAAUAAACCAUUUUUGAGCAAUAAAUGUCUGCUGAGACAUGGUCAUAAAAAAAAAAUUACAAAAAAAGAAAUAUUCAUGGAAUUGGUCAAUAAAUUAAAUGGAGAUACAAAUGAGCAUUCUAUUACAUUAGAGCUUGCGCGUUUUAUGAGUUUUUCUGUUUGCGUGGACGCGUAUAGAGUAUAUAAACUAUACCCCGAUCAUCCUACAUUCGUUCAGUAUUUUGAAUUUGAUUCUACCUCAGAUCUUCUUACGUCGACGCGAUUGGCUAUAGCAAAGACCGAUCAGAUUGAAAAUGUACUAAAAGUGGCGAAAAACGGAGCUUGUUUAGUUUUGUCAAAAAAAGAUGAUUUUUCAUUUCCAAAAAUAUCAAAUUCUUUGCUUCACACCUUCGACAUAAAAAAUGAGAAUGAAGCUAAUCAUGUUCUGUACCAGCCAAUUCUGACAGCCAAUGGGAAAACAGCAUAUGUUAUAGAAAUGUGGCGACUUAAGGAUAAAUUUGAAGAUAAAGAUGAAAAAAUUAGUUCCGACUUUGUUGUUUGGGGAAGUUUAAUUUUACAUUACUGUAACUUAUACUUGGACAAGAAAAGAGAACGCAAUAUGUCAGAUUUUUUAUUAGAUGUUGUUAAAGCAAUAUUUGAAGAAAUGGUGUCACUUGAUCAAUUAAUUAAAAGAAUAUUGGAAUUUGCCCAGAGACUUGUAAAUGCAGACAGAGCAUCUCUGUUUCUAGUGGAUUAUAGUAACUUUGAAUUAGUGUCAACCGUUUUUGAUUUAAAAUUUGAACCCGGUCAAGGUAGGGAUAUGGAAAAAAAAGAGAUACGAAUGCCAAUCAAUCGUGGUAUUGCUGGCCAUGUAGCAUUGUCUGGAGAAACUAUGAAUAUACCAGACGCAUAUUCCGACUACAGGUUUAACAGAGAGGUGGACGAAGCGACUGGUUACAAAACAAUAAGCAUUUUAUGUAUGCCUGUUAAAGUUCAAGGAAAGGUAAUAGGUGUGGUGCAGAUGGUCAAUAAGCGCAAUAAUGACAACUUUGACCACGAAGACGAAGUCGCAUUUGAAAUAUUUUCUACAUUUUUUGGACUAGCUCUCCAUCAUGCUAGACUUUAUGACAAAAUAAUGAGGAAAGAACAAAAAUAUAGAGUGGCCUUAGAAGUUCUGAGUUAUCAUAAUACAUGUAGAGAACAUGAAGUCCAAGAGAUUCUCUCCGAUAAUAAACAGAUAGUGGCCAAUAUAUACGACUUCUAUUUAGACCCAUAUCAAUUAGAUGAUUUUCAAAAAUGUAAGGCUGUCAUAACGAUGUUCGAUGACCUCUUCGAACUCUCUAAAUUCGAUUUUGAAACUAUAACUAGAUUUAUAUUAACAGUUAAAAAAAACUAUAGAACAGUUCCAUAUCACAAUUUUGACCAUGGCUGGUCAGUCGCUCAUGCUAUGUACGUAAUUUUAAAAAGUGAUAACCGAAAGCGUUUUGAUUAUAAAAUGCGCUUAGCAUUGUUUGUAGCUUGUCUUUGUCAUGAUCUGGAUCAUAGGGGUUAUACAAACAAGUACAUGAAUGAGACGGCCUCCCCUUUGGCAGCCAUGUACACCACGUCACCUUUGGAACAUCAUCAUUUCAAUAUUACUGUAACUAUUUUGCAGCAGGAUGGACACAAUAUCUUUUCACAUUUAUCCAGUGACGAAUACAAGGAUAUUUUACGCUACAUAAGGCACUGUAUAUUAGCUACAGACCUUGCAGCGUUCUUUCCCAAUUUAGCAAAACUAAAAGAAAUUAUUGGACCGAGCCCUAAGCACUCAAAGUUUAAUUGGGCAGUUCCUGGUCACAGAGAUUUAGCCAUGGCGAUUUCAAUGACUGCAGCAGAUUUGUCGGCUUCUACUAAACCUUGGGAUAUACAAAUUAAAACAGUUAAGGUUAUUUUUGAAGAGUUCUAUGACCAGGGUGAUAAAGAAAGGGCUGCUGGAAAAACUCCAAUACCAAUGAUGGAUAGGAACAAGCCAGAAGAACAACCAUCAAGUCAGGUUGGCUUUUUAAGUCAAAUAUGUGUACCGUGCUACAAUAUGCUAUACAAAAUUCUCCCAAAAACUAAACCUAUGUACAUUAUGUCCUUGAGAAAUCUUAGUAAUUGGAAAUCAAAGGUUAUCGUUAAAGAAAAAGUGGAAUCUUCAAAAGAGGACGAUACUUUAGACUUUGUAACUGAAUCAGACUUUGAUGAAGAUGAGUGUGAAGAUUUAUUAGAAGAAGCAGAUAUGCAAGUUAAAGAUGAUAAGGAAUUAUCUAACAUUGGACACGAUAUACAAGAAAUUCAGGACGAUGACGACGAAAAACAUAUUCAGGAAAUUAGCGGUGAAAUGAGAGCAGGAUGGAAGUGUAUUAAAUCUGACUCGGUAUCAUGGGAGGAUGAUCAAGUUCUAACAGAUAAAGCUGAAGCAAAAACUGUUAGUAUUUGGCAAGAUAUUGAAGGUAAUUGGGUUGAUGAUGAAGGAGUGGUUACAAAACAAAAAAGGUCACUUAAAAUCAUUAGAUUCGAAUCUAAUGAUGAUGAUGAUGAUGAUAAAGACGAGAAAAAUAAAAUUUAAAUUUAGGUAAAGUUGAUUCGAUUAUUAACAAACUCAAAAUGACAUGAAUUAUAAUACAAUAAUUUUUGUUUAAUUUAAAUUUAAAGAGAUUGUUUUAAUUUGUUAAUAUAAAAUCUUUAUAAAUAAGUACAUGUUACGUACAUAAACA